CCCCCCCCCCCACCGGUCUCCCAAGGAUGGAUCAUUCCCAGUGCCUUGUGACUAUAUACGCUUUGGUGGUUCUGCUGGGUCUCCGGCUAGAGCAGGGCGUCUGCCAGCACUAUCUGCACAUCCGACCUGCUCCCAGCGACAACUUGCCCUUGGUGGAUCUAAUCGAGCACCCGGACCCUAUCUUUGACCCCAAGGAGAAGGAUCUUAACGAGACCUUGCUAAGGAACCUCAUGGGCGGACACUUCGACCCUAACUUUAUGGCUAUUUCCUUGCCCGAGGACCGGCUCGGAGUGGACGAUCUAGCUGAGCUGGACUUGCUGCUCAGGCAGAGACCCUCGGGAGCGAUGCCCAGCGAAAUCAAAGGGCUGGAGUUCUACGACGGGCUGCAGCCGGGCAAGAAGCACAGGCUGAGCAAGAAGCUGCGCAGGAAGCUGCAGAUGUGGCUUUGGUCCCAGACUUUCUGCCCGGUCCUAUACACGUGGAACGAUCUCGGCAGCCGCUUUUGGCCCCGGUAUGUCAAAGUGGGCAGCUGCUACAGUAAAAGGUCUUGUUCAGUCCCCGAAGGCAUGGUUUGCAAACCUGCCAAGUCCGUGCAUUUAACGAUCCUGAGGUGGAGGUGCCAGCGCCGGGGAGGGCAGAGGUGCACAUGGAUACCCAUCCAGUACCCCAUCAUUUCGGAGUGCAAGUGCUCCUGCUAGAGUUGGCACUUACCUUCUCGCCCCUUCUCCAGCGGACUCACGUGGACCUUUGCUGCAACAGAAAUAAAAGACAUUUGCUUUCUGGUUAACGUUGUAAUGCACUGUAACCUGUAGGAGAAUGUAUAUUGUGUGUAUAUAUGGCACCGGUUUAAUAUACUAUUAAAAGGUCAGUAUUAUACGUGAAAUAAUCAGCGUCUACUGUAUUUUUAAGACUAUUACCCCGAUCGUUGCUAAUGUAUCUUUUUUUUUUUUUUGUAUUUAUAUUCCAGAGAGAAGUUGCUUCGUUUUGGCGAAGUAGGUUUUUGUUGGGUGUUUGUUUUUUUUUUUUUAAUAAAAGGAUUAAAAAAUAGAAACCAAACUUUUUGAUAAGAAAACGUUUAAAGCUAUUUUCCAUUAUUCGGAAAGCGUGUGUGUGAGAUUUUGGUUUUUUUUUCUUUUUCCUUACGGACUUUAGAUUUAAAAUAAAAGUGAAUAAACGCCUAGAGCACAAUGUUAUUGUAAAUAGAGAGAACAGUUUGAAUGACUUAAUCCUAUGUAAAUGAAGAGUAUCUGCUAUUUAUUCUUUAUAUCCUUGUAGUAAAAGUGCAGUGCAGAAUUAAAGUCAACCACUAAAACACGA